AUGGAUGAAUUUUCUAAUAAGUUAAAAAAUAUGAACAAUUUAUAUAGGCAAAAACAGCCAAAACCUUUAAGCAGAGCAGCAAUAAUGUUUGGACUGCCAAAAAUUCGCAGAGUCCAAACUACUGUUCCAGGUAGCAUUGGCUUAACAAGAACUUCCAGUAUUACUGAGCUCAAUACUCCAGGAUCAGACCGACAGCUAAUGAACGAGCUUGGAAAAAAAGUAGAAGAACAAAGAAAAGACCUUGAGGAAAGAUCGAUUGCUUUAGAAAGCCUUGGAAAACAUUUUGAGGCCAUUGGAAAUGCUUGCAGAGAAGAAAAAAACAAAAAUAUCGAACUUCGAGAGAAAAAUAUGGAACUACAAAAAGAAAAUAGCUCCUUGAAAAGACACAUUGGCGAGUUAAAAGAAAAAAACGAAGCCGAGCAAAGUUUAAAUAAUCAAGAAAAAUUGCUGAGCUCAAAACUCAAAGAAAAUCAGGCAGAUUUGACUAACGAAAUCAAAAAACUUAAUCAAGUUAUUAUUGAUAAGGUAAUCUCUAUUAAGGACAAGAGAAAAUAAUGACUGAGAGAGGGUUUGCAAAAAAUUAGAACAUGAAAUUGCAGUUUCUAAAGGCCAAAUGCAAAGACUAGAUAAAAAAUUGCAAGAAGCAACUGAUGAUCUGGCUGAAGAAAAAUUAAAGUUAAUCGAUGAGCUAAAUCAUCUCAAAAAGGCCAACGAAACCUUAAAAGAUGAAAUAAGCCAAGUCCGAAAAUCAAAAUCUGAUCUCGAAUCACAAAAUUCUAAAUUAAAUGAAAAAGUCAUAAUUUUACAAGAAAAUUUAAAUAACGUUGAAAGUCAAUUGGAAAUUUCGAGCUCAAUGAUAAGUGAACUCAAAGAAGCAUUAAAAAAAAUGCAGGCUGAAAAUCAGAAUAAAACGCAAGCAGUGAAUCAAAUUUCUGUAAACUCUGACGACGAUUUAAGGCAAAAAUUGGAAGAGUUUCAAAAGCAAGCUUAUUCUCUUGGUGAUCAGCUAUAUUCAAUGACUAAACAAAAGAAUGACGCUGAAGAUAAGCUGGAACGAUCAAUGAACUCACGCUAUGAGCUGCUAGCUAGUGUAGAGGAAUUGAGAAAAAAGCAGCAAAUAGAGUCCUUCAGAUAUGAAAAAUUAAUCCAAACAAUCUCACAGGAUUUAAAGGUUAAAACUCUUGAAAUCAGAGAAAUGGAGGAAAAUAUAAAGAAAAAUGAAAACCAGAUAAAGUCUUAUAGUGAAAAUCUGAGGCAUUUAGGAGAAGAAAUAAAUACCAAAAACAGCCAAAUAGCUGAGUCAAAUGGAAAAUGUGAAGAUUUAAUAAGCGAAAUCGAUGCCCUUACUCCCCCUCCUGAGCGAUCAAAACAAUUUUGUUCCAGAGGGGGGUUAUAAAACAAUUUAUAUAAAAAUUUAAAUUUAAAAAAAUAUCGAAUAUGUAAAAAUUAAUUUAAUUUGUAGAUUAAAAGAAUAAGCUAAAAUUGAAUUAUAAUAAAUUAUCUUUUAUAUAUAUCAAAAUUUUUUCUCAUAAAAAAAUUUGCUUACCCACGGAGGUAGGUUUUGAGUAAAAACUAGGGAUUAUUCCAAUGAUUUUGUUUGCUCACGGAGGAGGAAGUUAAUAAAGAAAAGCUUGAAAAAGAAAAGAAUUUCCAAGAAUUUCAAGAAAAAGCUUUAAAAUUCGACCAAAUUAUAAAAGAGCUUAAGGAAAAUAAAGAAGAAAAUUCUUCAAUGAAAUCGAAGUUUAAGAAGCUUGAAAAAAGUCUCGAAGAAGCAAUGCGCAAAAAGGAAAGAUUAAAGCUGAAAUAUAAAGACCAGGAAUCUCUAUUUCAAGCCAAAAUUUAUGAACUUCAAGCAGAGCUAAAUAAUGAAAAAAAUUUCAACUCCAGCCAUCUCCAAGAAGUCAUAAAACUAAAGCGAGAAUUAUCACAGCGUGAAAAGCCUAUCCAAUUUUCACCUAUAAAAGAAGACCAAAAUCGCUUACAAGCAAGAAUAGCUCAGCUAGAAAUAGAGUGUGCGGAGCUAAAAGAAGAAAUUUUGAAUCACUUAAAGGCUCAAGAAUAUAUGAAAACCAUGUCUUUAAGCCAAACUCAAAUAAUUUCUCAGCUGGAGUCUCAGCUUGAAGAUGCAAAAUCCCAGCUGAACGAUCCAAAAUUCAAAGACUUAAAAAAACAAUUGGAGCUUCUUAGAGAGAAAGAAGAAAAUCUGCCAAAGGUCAUUGAGAAAUUAGAUCACGCGAUGAGUGCUUUUGAAAGUGAUUUUUCGUGUAUGAAUUGCUUAAAUUUAGUAGAAGAAGCAGUUUUUACAAUUCCUUGUGGUCAUAUACUUUGCAGAAAAUGCAGUAGGAUUAGCGACUCAACCUGCUCUCAAUGCUGUGUGAAGGUGCAGGCUUUUGCAAGAGCAACUUUGCUUGAUGAGUUAGUUGGAAAACUAAUUUAUUUGCGGCAAACUAUAGAUAUAUUAUUAUAG